CUCAUUUCCGGGUCUGUCAUGUGACUCUCCGGCUGCAUCAUGGCGGAAGCAGAGGGGCAGGAAACUGAGUCUCUCGAAGAAUCUACAGAUGAGUCUGAGGAAGAAGAAAGUGAGGAGGAACCCAAACUGAAGUAUGAAAGGCUUUCCAAUGGGGUAACUGAAAUCCUUCAGAAGGACGCGGCUGGCUGCAUGACUGUCCAUGACAAGUUUUUGGCACUGGGCACACAUUAUGGCAAGGUUUAUUUACUUGAUGUCCAGGGGAACAUCACUCAGAAGUUUGAUGUAAGUCCUGUGAAGAUAAAUCAGAUUAGCCUGGAUGAAAGUGGAGAGCACAUGGGUGUGUGUUCCGAGGACGGCAAGGUGCAGGUGUUUGGACUAUAUUCUGGAGAAGAAUUUCAUGAGACUUUUGACUGUCCCAUUAAAAUCAUUGCUGUGAACCCGCAUUUUGUGAGGACCAGCUGCAAGCAAUUCGUGACUGGAGGGAAGAAGCUGCUGCUGUUUGAACGAUCUUGGAUGAGCAGAUGGAAGUCGUGUGUUCUGCACGAAGGGGAAGGGAACAUACGGAGCGUGAAGUGGAGAGGCCAUCUGAUCGCUUGGGCCAAUAAUAUGGGUGUGAAAAUUUUUGACGUCACCUCAAAGCAGAGAAUCACCAACGUGCCCCGGGAUGACAUAAGUCUUCGCCCGGAUAUGUAUCCAUGUAGCCUCUGUUGGAAGGACAGCGUGACGCUGAUUAUCGGCUGGGGGACUUCAGUCAAGAUCUGCUCAGUGAAGGAGCGGCAUGCCAGCGAAAUGAGGGACUUACCGAGUCGAUAUGUUGAAAUAGUGUCUCAGUUUGAAACCGAAUUCUACAUCAGUGGGCUCGCACCUCUCUGUGACCAGCUUGUUGUGCUUUCCUACGUCAAAGAGGUUUCAGAAAAAACGGAGAGAGAAUACCGUGCCAGGCCUCGACUGGAUAUCAUCCAGCCGCUUCCUGAAACCUGUGAGGAGAUCUCUUCGGACGCUCUCACCGUGAGAGGCUUUCAGGAGAAUGAGUGCAGAGAUUAUCAUCUAGAGUACUCUGAAGGGGAGUCACUCUUUUAUAUCGUGAGUCCAAGAGACAUUGUCGUAGCCAAGGAACGGGACCAAGAUGACCACAUUGACUGGCUCCUUGAAAAGAAGAAAUACGAGGAAGCUUUGAUGGCAGCUGAAAUCAGCCAGAAGAACAUUAAAAGACAUAAGAUUCUAGACAUUGGCUUGGCAUAUAUAAACCACCUGGUGGAGAAAGGAGAGUAUGACAUAGCAGCACGCAAAUGCCAGAAAAUUCUUGGGAAAAAUGCAGCACUCUGGGAAUAUGAAGUUUAUAAAUUUAAAGAAAUUGGACAGCUUAAGGCUAUUAGUCCUUACUUGCCAAGGGGAGACCCAGUUCUGAAACCACUCAUCUAUGAAAUGAUCUUACAUGAUUUUUUGGAAAGUGAUUAUGAGGGUUUUGCCACUCUGAUCCGAGAAUGGCCUGGAGAUCUGUACAAUAAUUCAGUAAUUGUUCAAGCAGUUCGGGAUCACCUGAAGAAAGAUAGUCAGAAUAGGACCCUACUCAAAACCCUGGCAGAACUGUACACCUAUGACAAAAAUUAUGGCAAUGCUCUGGAAAUAUACUUAACAUUAAGACAUAAGGAUGUUUUCCAAUUGAUCCACAAGCAUAAUCUUUUCAGUUCUAUCAAGGAUAAAAUUGUUUUAUUGAUGGAUUUUGAUUCUGAGAAAGCUGUUGACAUGCUUUUGGACAAUGAAGAUAAAAUUUCAAUUAAAAAGGUAGUGGAAGAAUUAGAAGACAGACCAGAGUUGCAACACGUGUAUCUGCAUAAACUUUUCAAGAGAGACCAUCAUAAGGGGCAGCGCUACCACGAAAAGCAGAUUAGCCUUUAUGCUGAGUAUGAUCGACCAAACUUACUUCCCUUUCUCCGAGAUAGUACCCAUUGCCCACUUGAAAAGGCUCUUGAGAUCUGUCAACAGAGAAACUUUGUGGAAGAGACAAUUUAUCUUCUGAGCCGAAUGGGCAAUAGCCGAAGUGCCCUGAAGAUGAUCACGGAGGAGUUGCACGAUGUUGAUAAAGCGAUUGAAUUCGCCAAGGAGCAAGACGACGGAGAACUCUGGGAAGACCUGAUUUUAUAUUCCAUCGACAAACCGCCAUUUAUUACUGGCUUACUAAACAACAUUGGCACGCACGUAGACCCAAUUCUCCUGAUUCAUCGUAUUAAGGAAGGAAUGGAGAUUCCCAAUUUGAGAGACUCCUUGGUUAAAAUUCUGCAAGACUACAAUUUGCAAAUCCUGCUUCGUGAAGGCUGCAAGAAGAUUCUCGUAGCCGACUCUUUGUCCUUACUGAAGAGAAUGCACAGGACUCAAAUGAAAGGCGUUCUGGUCGAUGAGGAAAACAUCUGUGAGUCGUGCCUUUCCCCUAUUCUUCCGUCAGAUGCCGCUAAGCCCUUCAGCGUGGUGGCCUUCCACUGCCGCCACAUGUUCCACAAGGAGUGCCUGCCCGUGCCCAGCAUGAAUUCGCCCGCACAGUUCUGCAACAUCUGCAGCGCCAAGCACCGCGGACCAGGAAGUGCCAUCUUGGAGUUGAAGAAAUAGCCCGGUUCAGCUGGUCACCCCUCCUCCCCAUGCUCUCCAAGACUGUUUUUGCAACAGUGGCAGCGUUCAUGGACACCAACGCUGUUCAGAGAUUUGUGCGUGUUUAGGUCACGCUCAGAAGAGGUGUGUUCAUCUUUGCCUGCCUGCUCGAGGCUUCUCUCUGCAGGUGACAUUAGGGUCCCCCCCCCGUCCCUGCCUGGGGCUCACACUCCACACUCGGUCGGUCGUUGGCUGGGUUCGUUCUUUAGGAAUGGAAGGGAAGGGAGCGGGGUGGAAGUGAGGUUCUGGACCUAGCGAGGCUUUCUGGCCAUCGAGUGCACUGCCGCGAGCUGUCCCCGCUGCCUGGGCGCAGCUCCAGGACCUUCCCGGCAACUUGGACCUGUUUCCACGGCCUCUGCUUAAUCAGCCCUCCCAUUCUGGGGGUGCUUUGGUUUAUGGCAUCAGCUGUGCUUCUCUUCUUAAUAGGCAUCUAAUGAAACACUGUGUAAAUUGUCACUUAGUCAAGGACAUCUGGGAAUACCAGGUGCAGGCUGAUGUCAUGCUGUU